AGUCCGCCUCAUUCAAUGUCACUUGCCUCGAGGACGAGUGUUAAGUCAGGCGGCAGCGAAGUGGACUUAAGGCAACGGAAUGCCAGCAUCCGGAACCUCUUCGCCCCCUCGCCGGCUGAGUUGGCCAAAAAGAAGGAAUCCCGUCAAAGGAGCCGCAGCCAGAGCAGCUUCUCGCUCCAGAGAGCCAGCAGCCAGGAUGAUGCGAUUGGCAAUGGUAUUGGCAUGGGUAUGGGAUUGGGAUUGGGUAGCCAGAUGGGUAGCAAGAUGGGCAGCCAGAUGGGCCUGCCCAGUUCCAGCAAUAGCUACGAUGAUUACGCUCUGGGCAUAAAUCAAUUGCCAAUGACUGCGAAUCAAUCGGCAGUGAGACAAUACAAUGGGCAGGACCAUAACGAGCUGGGCUCAAGUCCCUAUGCACCGGCUUCCACAACGACAUCGGCAUUCCCAGUAAUUCCCAGGACAUCGCACAAUGGCUGCCAUCAGAGUGCAUUUGAAUUGGCAAUGAGCCGGACUCCAACGGAGCACAAAAACUGGAAGUCGACGAGCCAGCUGGAAAAUUUUAUUAACAGCAACGAGAAGCUGCAGCAGGAGCAGCAGUGGCAGCAGGAGCAGCAAUGGCAGCAGGACACUUCUGUUGACUUUGGUAAUGAAAUAACCUGGGGCAAAUCUGCUGAGAAAUCGCUGCCAUUGAAUCACCUGCUGCAAGAUGGAGGAUUUUCCCGAGACGACCAGUGGGAUUUGGACUUUCAGACGGAGCAGCGCGAAAGUUUGCACAGCCAAAGCUAUCGACCAGCUCAAUCGACGCCGCUGGCACAGCGCCUGCAGCGCUUUCGAUAUCGCCAGCAAUUGCAGUUGCAGUUGCAGCAAGAGCCGCAUCAGCAGCAGCAGCAACAGCAGCAGCAGCAACAACAAUCGAGUACUGAUAUCGACGUUUAUGAUAGCCCCUUUAACGGCCAGUUAUCAGCUGAACCAAUAGGCGUAGCCAAUUGGCGGAGGGGAAACCUCGAAGGGCCCGUUGGCGGGAGCGCUCCAGUUGAAGCUGAGCACUCAGCGGAGCAGGCGGAGCUGCCGCCGGAUCGAGUGCUAUAUCCAGACUCGGAACCGGACGAAGAGGAGGCAGCGCCACGACGCCGCGUUGUAAUCCGGCGUCGCAUAGUGCGCACCAGUCGCACCACCACACAAGAUUCACAAAAUCCACAAACUCCAGAGGUUGUGCCGCAAUCCUCCAACGAUAGCCCAACUCCGGCCGAGAUCAACGGACGCAAUCUUGGCUGGCUGACCAGAUUGCGCAGCUUUGGUUCGAUCAAUAGGAAACACCAGCAGACUGCCGCACCGGCGGCUCAACUUGGCCAGCAAAAAGCCAAUUCUGUUGCAAGCAACAGCAGUUGCAGCACCAACAAUCCCAUCAUGGCCGUCCUGCGUACUAUGAAAUUGAAGGAGCGACUGGUCAUCAGUCUGGGCGCCACACUCGUCCUGCUCACCCUCCUGCUCAUCGUCGAUGUGCAGAUGGACUUUGGGGUGGCCAAUCGCCACCUCCUCCAGCAGCAGCAGCACCAGAAGAUCCGGCUGGGCAACGACUACGAUGCCACCGGCGGCGGCGGCGGUGGAAUGCUGCACGAGUUCAAGCGCAAAUUCCUGCAGAAGAGCAACUCCUCGGGCUCCAAGGAGGCAUCCACACAGGCGGGAGCGAGCCAGAGUGGCGCGGCGACCAGUGGCCAGGAUGCGGCGGCCGGAGCUUCGGGUGGAGCAGCUGGAGCCGGCACAUCACGGACCACGUCGACGAGGAAGCCAACGCCACACGAUCGCUAUGCGGAUCUGCAGAAGCACCUGCUCAGCGAUGAGUACUCGCAUGUGAUUGUGGACAAUGCGCCGGAUGUGAGCAGGGACAAUCCCACGCUGGCCGAGAUGCUGCACCGCAAGGCCAGUGCAAAUGCCAGCAAUUUGGAGCGCUUCCAAUUGCGCAUCACGAAGAAGGAGCUGUACGGCGAGCAGGACACUCUGGUGGAUGCGGUGCUACGUGACAUGAUCAAGCUGCCAAUACAGCAUGUUGUGCAAAAGGAGGGCGGCACCCAGCUGAAAUUGAUCAUCGAGUACCCAAACGAUAUCAAGGCCUUAAUGAAGCCGAUGCGGUUUCCGCGGGAGCAGCAAACGCUGCCCAACCACUUCUACUUCACGGACUAUGAGCGUCACAACGCCGAGAUUGCCGCCUUUCACCUGGACAGGAUCCUGGGAUUCCGGCGCGCCAUGCCCGUGGCCGGUCGUACACUGAACAUUACGACCGAAAUUUAUCAACUGGCCGAGGAGAAUUUAUUGAAGACGUUCUUUGUUUCGCCAUCGCUGAAUUUAUGCUUCCAUGGCAAGUGCUCGUACUAUUGUGACACCUCGCAUGCCAUUUGCGGCAAUCCGGACAUGUUGGAGGGCUCCUUCGCCGCCUUUCUGCCCAACUUUGAGUCGGGCAAUCGCAAGGGACGAAAGCUGUGGCGGCAUCCCUGGCGACGCUCCUACCACAAAAGGAAGAAGGCCCAAUGGGAGACAGAUGCCAAUUAUUGUGCCCUGGUCCGGGAUAUUCCGCCCUACGACGAUGGAAGGCGACUGUACGACCUUAUGGACAUGGCCGUCUUUGAUUUCCUCACUGGCAACAUGGAUCGUCAUCAUUACGAGACAUUCAAGGUCUACGGCAACGAGACCUUCCCCCUGCAUUUGGACCACGGCCGUGGUUUCGGGCGGCCCUUCCACGACGAGCUCUCCAUCCUGGCGCCCGUGCUGCAGUGCUGCCUGAUACGCAAGUCGACGCUCAUCAAGCUGCUGGAGUUCCACAAUGGCCCCAAGACGCUGUCCCAGCUGAUGAGCGAGUCCCUUAGCCAGGAUCCCGUCAGUCCGGUGCUGUGGCAGCCGCACCUGGAUGCCCUGGACCGGCGGACCGGCAUCAUCCUGCAAAGCAUACGCGACUGCAUAAAGCGCAAUCCGCCGGGCGACGUGGACGGAUCCGAGGCGGACGUCUCCUCGUAGCGAUGAGGAGGCGACCGGCGUGAGACCACAAAUCAUCCUAGAGCCUUAGUUUAAAUCCCCUAGCUGUUAGUCGCGUGUCCUGUGUGUUGAAACUGAAACAAAAAACAAUUAGCGUUAAUGUUUGGUGGCAAUCGGUCUUUGAAAAAGAUCAACGUCCUAAGUGAAGGUAACCCUGUCGCUCUUUCUGCACAUACCAAAAAAAAAAGAAAAGAAAAGAAAAACACAAAAUUAGAAAAGAAAAAGGAUAAGGAGGCCAAGAGCCGAGGGCGGAAAUGAAUUCACUCUAAUGUUUAUACUUUCACCUAGAUUGUGUGUCGGGCAGCUGGAAAAUGCUUUGAUUGGCAAUGAAAAUUGAGUACCUCCCACCCAAUCGCACACCCAAAUCAAACCCAGCACUAUCGUACGCUUACAGUGGGUGCCAAAAGUAAACGAAGCGACGACGCAAUGUGCAAACAACUUCAAUGGGAAAGUAAAAACUAAUAUAGGGCAAAACUUGACAUUUUGCCGGCGUGCGCCAGAAGGAAACUUGUUUAAAAGACUAUAAAACAUAAACAACAAGAACUAAAACUGAAAGAAUAACUACAAAAAAAAAAAAAAAUUGAAACUAUUUUCUAAAUAUUUAUUUAUAAUUUUUUCAUACAUUUUAUGACUUUUACAUACAUACUAUGUGCAUACACUUUUCUCGUAUGCAAUGCUGCCCCAACUCCCCCACCCCACGCCCCCCGCCCCAUUCUCAAGAAAAGUUGUUGCAAGUUUAGUUCGUAAGUUGACCACCUAACAAUUAUGAUCGAUAUCAGGCGUAGCUUUAUCCGAUUCAAGGAUCGUCUUAUUAGUUAGUCCAAUCAGUUCCAGAGCGAGAAUCAUGUACUUCAUCAGAGAAAUGAGAAACAACUACUGUUAACAAUCUAAUUAAUACUAUUAUUGAGUACAUAGCUAAGUUAAAUUUGUUUUUAUUAUUGUAACGUUUUUCAAUUGUACCUUGAGUGGUUGAGAUAGCGAACAUUGAUUGGCCAAGAAAAGAGACAGGUGAAUAGUGAGUGAAAACUAUGCGGAGACAACAAACAUUGUGUUAGACAUAGUAAAAUUUUAGUGAAAAUUUCUGAUGUAAUUAAUAAAAAAAAGUACCAAAGAAA